AUGGCUGCCGAAAGAGGGACGACCCGUGCGCACAUUUUGGAGGCGGCUUCUCUGGUUCUAUAUGAAGACGAGCAUGAAUACAAAGUUGUAAAGAUGUGCAUGAUGGCAACGCUGAAUGCUCAAAGCGCAUUAUUUAUCAACUACCUUGGUGCCGAUAUCGUCACAGUCCUUCUAAAGAAGUUGUCUAGACCAGAGGGGCCGUCUCCGUCAGCCCAGUGGUUUGAUGUACUGUAUUGCCCGCGUGUGUUGGCUGAAACAUACAACAGACCAGUUGUUAUGUUCACCUCACAAGGAAGCUCCACCUGUCUCCCCUUUCGCGAGCCUAAACUUUAUAACGGUGUGCCACUGGAUUUACCACCGAUAGCCAUCUACUUGACUGGUUUGCAAUUUUAUGCAGUAUUAGUCAAAGAAGAUGCAAUAGUAACAGUAAAGUGGCCUCCACUAUUUCCUGGACAUGAUAAAUUUGUCAAGAAUAAUGGACUUUCCUCAGCAUGGUUGGACAUGUAUCUGCCGCGAUGCAAUACAAACUAA